AUGGGCGACGUUGGCAUCGCGGUAGACCCCGCACCCACUGCCAUUCCAGUAUCGCAAUCGAUAAACGUCCUCGUGACGGGAUUCGGACCUUUCAGAAGCUUUGACGUCAAUGCGUCUUCUUUGAUCGCGCAGUCGCUCCCCUCGUCAUUCACCCUACCUCCCAAGGAGCCUGUAUCGAUUGGUGAUACCGCUAUUCCUGCCCCUCGAGAAGUCCGGGUUCAUGUGCAUCCGGAGCCUAUCAAAGUCUCGUAUGCCACCAUCCACUCACAAAUACCCGUCAUCCUGGACGACUUUGCGCGAACACACAAUGGCAACCGACCCGAUUUGAUAGUGCACAUAGGCAUUGCGUCAACGCGCAAAUAUUACUCCGUAGAGACGCAAGCGCAUCGGGACAACUACCGCAUACCGGAUGUGGAUGGAAGAUCGGGCUUUCAUGACGGCGAGAGAGUAUGGAAGGAACAUGGUUUCCCUCCCGUGCUAUUCCCAGGCCCUGCGGAGGCAUCGUCACCCUCUUCCAGGACAAUCCCGGCAUCAGACCUAUUAAAGCUUGCUCCAUAUCCGGCAAACGAUCAUUUCUUACAAACCUGGAAGUCCCUCGCCCCAGCAGAAACCGACAUCCGCAUUUCUACGGAUGCCGGUCGAUAUGCCUGCGAAUUCAUAUUCUAUACCAGUCUUUCACAGGCGUAUCAGGAAGGAAGGGAUCGGUCUGUUGUAUUUUUCCACGUUCCCGUCGCCACAGACGAUACAAGUAUAGAACUGGGAAGCAAAGUCGCUGUAGCUCUAAUCAAAUCAAUGGUGAAAUGCUGGGUAGAUGGCGAGUAA